AUGUUUCUCAAGAGUCGUGGGCGAGUAGUCCAUGGUGUCAACUACUGGAACAUAUAUGCGAAUUACUUCAAGGAGAACAUGGAGAAAGAAGUGGCACGCCUAACGGAAGAUGAAACGCACGACGCCGAAGGUAAAGGAAAAGGAAAAGAGGUUUGUAGGCCAGAUAUGCAGGGCACGCCGAGCACCCGGCUGCGAACACAUUGCUAUGAAAAAUUCAAGGACACCUUCCCAGAUGCAUACCAGGAUAUCCUUGACAUGUUUGAUGAAGCUGCUGUGCUAGGUGCUACUACUCAAACCAUCUCUCAGUGUGGACAGUCGUUUCAGAGGCUCUGUAAAAAAGUGGCGGGCAUGUUAGAUUCCUCGGCCGCCAGAUUCGGGUUUGAGGCCGCUGUCGUGCUAUGUGGGAAAAUAGUGAACCAAGACGCAUCACUUGGUCACGUACACACGACACCCGGUGCUGGAGGGUUUUUUGAGACACAAUGUCAUGCCAACGACGACACAAUCAUUGCUCACAUCAAAGCACAUGUGUUUAACACCACAUCGUUAUCAGCAGUUGAAGAGUCUUUCAAUGUUGACGACAGCAACGGUGUAGAAUCAUCGUUGAGUGAUGAUACCUCGGACAUUCAAAUCCUGGAAGGGCGAGACGUUGCACUAAAGUGGUUGAAACGUGAGCUCACGAGACAAGUUGGUACACUCUUGGUUUAUCUUUUUCUUCGAACUGGGGUUUAUAAAAUCACAUUAGAGCACUGUGGCGGCAAGUUCGUGUCUGACAAAAAUUUUCCUUGGAAGCUCAUGCCGAAUGCCCUUGCUGAUGACUGGCUGUGCAUUACCAGCUAUCCUGCACACAAGUGCUUGUUGCCAGGUGAAUACCAUAGCAAUACAUCAAAGAGCAAGGCCAUUGGAGGGCUAAUGCAGAAGGAGAUCUCUGCACUCGUAGAUGCUCUGAAGGCAGGAACGAUGGUUGUCGUUAAGGUGUCAGCAAAGUUUCAAGUCGCUAUUAUUGCCUCUGAAGUGCCUGUUAUCAUUGGCGAAGCGCCUCCGUCUGACUAUCUGCACCCUGGUGCCCGCCGCAUGUUCACAGAUGGUCACACGGACUUUAACGGACCCUCCCGGGCUAAGCCUACUACUGCAGCGACCAAGGUCAAGAAGGCUCAGAAAGGUCAUAACGCCAGACCGAUAUCUCAGCAAGAUGAACCUCACGAUGAGGUCAGAUCUCUCCCACAGAUGACAGGGCCCCCUCCCUCACGUCCAUUUGUCAUGGUCAUGAAGCCUCUACCACGCCCAGCACCUCCUCCCUCGCGCCCAUUUGUUAUGGCCACCAAGCCCACCAUGCUUGACGUAAUCUCCAUUCUGACCUCUGACUCUGAAGAAGAGCUGCUAGAGAAACCUGAUGAUGGUAAGGGCAAAAAGAGGAAGUUAAAAUUUGCAGCAGUAGCUCGAACAUUAAAGAAGCAUGCACCAUCUGCAGAGGCAGUGAAGGAUAUGAAAGGAGAGAUGAAGGGUGGGCCAACAUCGCCUCUGACUGUUGGAUCUUCAAGUGAUGAGCCACUUGCACCGGCAGCUCUGGCUUCCAAGAGGCUCCGGAACGUCAAUGGUUCUCACUAUGUGGAGGGCCGUGCACUUCGGAAGGUGUACCACAAGGUGGACUCAGAGGAUGCGGUCAAGCUUGCUGCAAACGACCCUGCAUGCCCUGUAAUGGUUGCUGAUGGCAUGGAAACUUCCAUGGGAGGAGAAUCUCGGGAGGCAAGAGAGUUUGUGGGGCCAAAUUCAGAUGAUCCAUCUGUGCUUGUUCAUACCUCGCAGACAGAGCCUCUGAACACCAUGGCUGACCAGGUUGGUCCAGCUAGUCCACAUGCUGUAGGGCACCUGUCACCUCACCAGCCCACGGUGUCUCGGAACCAUCUGCGGAACGACCCUCGUAAUCCUUUGGACUCACGCGAGCUUCACCGUCUUCGUGACCACCCUCAUUGUCAUUACUCCCGUGAAGUUCAUCACCAUCGUGAUGCUUAUCCCCCAUUGUUGGAACGUGAUGGUCUGCAGCUGCGGAAUGCACCCUAUAAUCGAAGGGAGGCUCCAGGCCUCACACCCCUGGAAGUUUAUGGACCAUACGUUACUCAGUGGAAUGACAUUGAUGACCAUCAAGGUUUCACUCCUUAUGCUGAUGAUCCCUCAUGCUCGUGGGGCUACCGUGAUCAGUAUGGUCAAUGGAGGAGGUAUGAAGACACGCAGAAAAUGGUUCAUGAUGGUGAAUUUAGCAACUACCCACGCGAGGCUCCAGCACCACGAAUCUAUCCGUUCGAAGACCAUCGUGCAACCCAUACUGACAAUCGUGAUGGCAACUCAAUGAUUAGUGCUGCCACAGUCUGGUCCAGAACCAUGAAGCCUGAACCGGACCGGAAAAUGGUUCUGGGUUCUAGGUCUUCCCGGACCAUCCCAAUUUGGUUUGGUCUUCCCGAACCAUUCCGAACCCUUAUCGACUUCGACUUCGUCUCAUUACUUUCUUUGGUUCCCAGCUAA